AUGAAGCGAAAACCAUGUUACAUUUAAAUUACUGAGCUUUACGAGCUUUAAAAAUUUAUUCUUGUUUAAAUAAAAAAUUAGGGAUAGAAAUUUAUACUUGUAAUUGCAUUCUUUGAAACUGUUAAUGAGUCUAAUCAUAGUGACGAAGUACAAGAACAAAUGGAAAAUGAAAAUAUUAAAAGAAUAAUGAAGCUUCACAACCAGAAACUACUUAGCAUUAAAAUAAGCCCUCCAAUAUAUGUGGAAUCCCGCAAGAAGUCUUACCAAGAAAGACAAAACAAAAUAAAAUUUUACGAACCAUUUUAACCUGAGAUGAUAACUAAGCACUACUCAAAGGGUAAGGGGUAAUCUAUCAUUCAAAAUACAAUAGAUGACCUUUACACAUAUUUUACGACAGCCACAAUUCGCCAUAAGAUUUACCAUCCUUUUUUUAUGCUUCUCAAGUUCAACAAAGCCAUAAGGCUUUACUAUAAUACUCGCAUGAUCAAAACAAAUCAGCAGGAUGAAAAAUUCUUUUAUGAUACCUAGAAAGAAAUAUUUAACAACCUCUUUAGUACUUCUUGUGAUUCUUCUGAUGAUCCUCUCCUUUUUAUGUGCUUGAGGAAACCAAAAAAAUAGGACUGGCCUAAGGACAUCUAAAAGAUUGAUAAAUUUCUCUCUAACAUAGAAAGUACUGCUUUAAGCUACUUGGAAUCAUCUGAUUACCCUUUUUAGAUUCCUGAAGAAUACACUGAAAUUGUAUACAGCGAUUAGCUUAAAAAUAUCUACACUAAGAGUUACAAUCAAAUCAGCAGUCUUUAAUUUUAGAUGCAGUCCUAGAGAGCUAACAGUCAUCACGCCAAUUUCCUCUACCAGUAAUAAUUCCAGGAGCUGCUUUACAAUCCUUCUAGCGAAAACUAGAGCAAUUUGAAUUUAGUAAGCAAUUUGAGCGGAAACCAAUAAAGUCCUUAACCGAGCAAAUAAUUUGAGCUUACAUAAAAUAUCAAUCACUAAUUAUAUUAAAUAAACCCCACCCACCACUCUUUGAAUGGACAUGCAGAUGAAAAAAUAGAAGGUACUCAUUUCUAAUCAACGUUACAUCACAAGCGCACUUUAUAUGAAGCUUUUGGCAGCGAUAGCAAUUAAUAAAGUCUAGACAAUAUUAAGAAAAUUACUUCAAUAACAAAUAAUUAGACUUGCUAUCCUAAUAAUUUAUAGCAAUAAGAUUAAAUCAAAAGCGAGGAAUGGGUGACUAAAUUUUUAAAUAAUUAAGGUAAUCAAACAGCUUAAAUUGCAUUUAAUAGCAUAAAUGAAAUGAACCCUUUAAAGUCUCAUGAUGAAAUGAUAGCUUAGAUUAGUAAAUAGUAGAUGUAAGCUGAAUCAAACAUCCAAAAGAACAGAGAAAACUCCAUCACUUAAAGUGAUGCAUUAUCGCAAAAUUAAUAUUCUUGCUAAGAUAAUCAAACAACCAAGACUUUACACUCUCCUAAUUAGUUCUCUUAAUUGACAAUCCCAAGUUACAGUUUAAUUCAAGAAAAUUCUCUUUCACCUCAGACAGCCUUGCAAUAAUAGAUAUCGAAUUAAGCAAAUAUCUAAUUUACUCCAUAAAUUCAGUAGAAUGCUUAACUUAAUUCAUAGAAAUAGCCUUCUUUCCCAUCUCUACCCUCUUUCAAUCAUAUAGGUUCUUCUAUAUCUUUGUAAAAUAUUAACGAUCUACAACAAAACCAAUAGUGCUUAUAUAAUCAGCUUUUAGGACAAUAAAUUUAACAGUAAAAUUUCCCAAAUCUUAUUUAGAAUACACAAAUAACAGUUCCUUAAAAUCAAUAAAUGAACUUACACUAACAGUUUCAACAUAAUACCUAAUAAUAACAAGUUAACAUUUAAAAUAAUUAUAAUAAUCAUGAUUACUUCAAAAAUUUCCCUCAAUAAACUUAGAUAAAUUUGGGUAUGCAUAAUCUCGAUUAAAUUUUAUAGAAGAAUAAAGCAUAAAUAUACCAAAAUCCCACAUUCUCCUAAGAUUCAGUCCUACAAUAACUUUAAAAUUAAAAAAUGUUAGUCUAAUAAAACCAGCUAGAAUAAUAAAAGCUCAUGUAGAGAAAUAAUUCUGCAUAGAUUCCCUUCUAGCUACAGUAAAAUGUUAACAUGCAAAACUUUCUUCUCAACAUAAACUAAAAUAUGUCUCUCCCUGAUGUGAAUGUAUAGAUAAUGAACAUGGAUAAAUAUAAGGAUUUAAAUUAGAAGAUUAAUAAUUAAAAUCUAUUCAAUUUCGAUAUUACAUCUAAUUAAUAUUUACCAUUAAAUAAUAAAUAAUUAAAUCAAUCCUUCUCUCUUGCACAUCAUGACCAGAUUUAAAAUGCCUCUUCCUAAACAUCUAAAAAUAUUGGAAGCAACUAUCAGUAAAAUUAGCUUGGCUAAAUGACCUUGAACUAAUUCUAACAGUAAAACUCUCUAAUAAAUUCCCUUAAGUAGGAAAAUCUAACAGAUAUAUCAAAUCAUUCAUAUACUGAUCCUAGUAUAGCAGCACUUUUCACAUAAAAAUAAGAAGCUGCACAAGUGAUAAAAUAGAAUCCAGAAUAAAAUUUCUUCUAAAGCAAAAUUGAAGAAUACGAUUACAACCAAAAUAGCAAUGUUUAUUCAUAAAAAAUGAGCUCAUCUUACUCUAUGAUAAAACCUCAAUAAAUAAAUUAAUAGUUAAUUUAAAAUUUCUCUAAGAAAGAAGAAGCAUGA